AUGGUUCUCUUCACCUUACAUGGUGUUGAUGGCUGCUCAUUUUGCCAACCCUCCACCGAAGUUCCUGUUGAUAAAGCCGAAGAGCAAUCAGUUGAUCAAUAUACGUUUGAAACGGACCUCGAAAACGAAGUUCCUGUAGCCAAAGGCGAAGAACCAUUUAUUCAGGAGGUAAAACUCAUCCGCGUUCAAGUAGCCGGCGGGCGAGAAUUGGCCGAAACCUUGGAAGAGGAGGUAAACCUACGUGCUCUCAAGAUCAGAGGCUCUAACAUUAUGUGCUCAGCCACCGACACUUUACUCGGCACUCAAGUCGCAAUCAAGAAAAUACACCAUCCGUUCACCCGCUCCGAGCUGUGCCAAAGAGCCUAUCUAGAAUUGAAGCUGUUGAAGCUUCUCAAGCACGAAAAUAUUGCUGGCUUGCAAGAUGCAUUCAUAUCAUUCGGCGAGAAUUUGUACCUCAGAACAGAGCACCAAGGCACGACGCUUGAUCAAUAUCUUGCAUCCAACAUGCCUGAACCGCGAUGUACUAAAGUAUUCUUUUACCAACUUUUGCGAGGGUUGAAAUACCUUCACUCCUCAAAUAUAGUGCACUGCGAUUUUAAACCGUCCAGUAUCCUUAUUACCGGGAGCUGCGACCUUCAAAUAACCGGCCUGGACCACUCCUGUAUUCGUGGUGAGAGAGUUAUGAUAAAUUAUGUUUACGGCAACAGAGAUCAAAGUUAUCAGGCCCCGGAACUCAUGUUGGGUGCACAGGCUUAUCAACCUGCCAUCGACAUGUGGGCGGCGGGGUGUGUCUCCGGCGCAGAAGCACUGAACUGCGUAAAUUACUCAACUCAUCGCUUCCGUAAGGCGAUGAUCGGCAUGAAAGCGAUUCAUAGUGCCCUAAUCCACCACAAUGAUAUCUAUCCCAAAAACAUCCUAAUUGUUCCCAGUACCCCGGAAAGGGUGGUAUGGAUAGAUUUUGACGUCGCAACAACGUUUCCUCAUCGUGAAUCAAUGGGUUGCCAAGAAUUAAAAUACUGCGAUUAUGAGGAUGCGCUUGUUGCAAGCUUUGGGGAGCUUUUGCAAGACGAUCAAAACCAGGGUCUUCCUCCCAACACAAAAUACUACUAG